AAUAUCUUCGAUUAUUCAUGUAAGAACUACUUUCAGUUGGCGGUUGUAGCCAUUUUCGGCCAUUUCAGUGUAUAAUAUAACAUUUUGUAUCCAUUUCAAUCACUGGUUCAGGAAAAACAUCCACCAUGGCCGAUAGGGAGGAUAAUGUUUACCAAGCAAAACUGGCCGAGCAGGCAGAACGAUACGAUGAAAUGGUGGAGAGCAUGAAGAAAGUAGCUCAGAUGGAUACAGACUUGUCGAUAGAGGAGAGGAACUUGCUGUCUGUGGCAUACAAGAAUGUAAUUGGGGCACGUAGAGCUUCGUGGAGAAUCCUCACCAGCAUUGAGACAAAGGAAGAGGAAAAGAAAGACCUACAGAAAGUUGAGACUAUAAGAAAGUAUAGGAAUGAAAUUGAGAAGGAGCUGAAAGAGAUCUGUCGGGAUGUCUUAGAGAUUCUUGAUAAAAAUUUGAUUUCACAAGCUGCAACUGGCGAAUCUAGAGUCUUUUACUACAAAAUGAAGGGUGAUUAUCACAGAUACCUAGCUGAAUUCGCUACUGGUAGUGACAGAAAAACAGCAGCUGAGGACGCCCUGGUUGCAUACAAAGCUGCCAGUGACGUUGCUAUGAGCGACCUUGCACCCACCCAUCCCAUCCGAUUGGGUCUGGCCCUCAACUUCUCUGUUUUCUACUAUGAGAUCCUUAACUCACCAGACAGGGCAUGUAGACUCGCGAAAGCAGCUUUUGAUGAUGCCAUUGCAGAGUUGGACAACCUAAAUGAGGAGAGCUAUAAGGAUUCAACUCUUAUUAUGCAGCUCUUGCGAGAUAACCUGACACUUUGGACAUCUGAUAUGACCACAGAAGGUGAUGGUGACCAGCAGAAGGAACAAGUGCAGGAUCUAGAAGAAGGUGAACAGUCAUAGAAGCCAUCUUAUCUAGAUUAACAUAGUAUGCUUGCACAAAUCCAAACUGUGGACAUGUAUGAACCAUCGCUUCUACUAUUAGCAUUCAUCAAAUGUUUGUUACUAUUCGAAAAUGUUCUAUCCACCACAAUUUUUAAUCGACAUUGUUUACAAUAUGUACUUUUUGGUAGCAGAUUUUUUUUUUUUUUUGUACUUGGGAAUAAAAUUGAAUUGUUUGUGCUGUUAAACUACAUUUAGUAUAAAUAUUGUUUACAUUUAGGAUGCAUAAGAACAAUAAGUUUUGUUGUUAAUUGCAUAUCAAACGAAUUGUUAACAGAAGUAGCCAUAUGUUUUUCAGAAACAUAAUUCGUUUGAGGUUUAAGUGCUAUGUUGUUCAUUACUAAAACUAUACAAUUCUAAUAAUAGUUGGCGUAUUAAUAUAAGGUUUUUGUACUCUGAUGAUUGCUCUUACAGUGUUAUAAAUAUACAUAUUUAUUUGCCAUCUGUAUGAGUGUGUUACAUAUAUUUUUUUGUUUGAUGUUUCGGAGAAGUCUCUGAGAAAAUACUAGUUGUGAUCUUACAUUGGUGAACCUUGCACAGUGCAGAUAUGCACGAUUUUAUCAGUCUGUGUAUUUAUUAUAUUGUAGUCCUCUUAAAGAAUUAUUGAUAAGAAUUGUGAACAAAUAAUGUUUGUACAAUGUUGACUAUUUUGCCCUCCACAUUCAAAUUGAUCAAACACUGUUGAUUCUUUCUUAACAUGGAAUAUCACUCACAAGGAUUUGACUGCAUAUUGCUGAUUUUGAUUAUUCAUGUGAAGGUCCUUUCAUCAGAAAAUAUCAAUAAAUGCAAGUAUCAUUGAUGUCCUUUCUCUGUGUGUUGUAUUUAUUCUACAUAACUAGAUAUAUUGUGUUGGUUUGUCACUGGAUAGGAAGUUUCUUGUCAUUGUUUCACCAGUUUACUUUAUCCAUUCAAGUAUGUUUUGACAUUUAUAAAAUGGUAUAGUGUCUGUUGACACGCAUUAAAUUAACUUAAGUUCACAAUGAAUGUGAUGUGUGAUUUCUGUAUAAUUAUUUUAUUGAUUGUAUUUAAGACUGCAGUAUUUUUGUUGCACUGUUUGGUUUAUUACUAACUUGUAUUACAGCAGCCAAAUAAGUACAUUUACUAGCUAAAUGACCUGUCUCGUUUUGGAGUAUUUGUUUCUUUGCUGUUAAGUGUUUUGAGGUUGGGCAUAACUUUUCUAAGUACCAGAUUUUUGUCCAAUUUGUCAUCAUUGAAUAAGUUAAAACUGCCCAAAAUACAUUUUCAACUUAUUUAGUGGUAGUGUUUCCAAUUAUUUAUGUUGAUGUACUUCCAACAUUACUUUGGCUUUUAAGAAUAAAAAACUUGUACCAAAA